AUGCCUCAGCUACCACCCUACGAGUACACCGGUCCAGUGGACUGCACCAUCCCACCCGAUCGAGCGCAGCUGAAGGGAAAGAGUGUGAUUGUUACUGGGGGGGCGAAUGGCAUGGGAGAGGCAACCGUUCGCGCAUUUGCGGCGGAAGGAGCCUUUGUGACAAUUGCCGACGUGAACGAAGAGCGUGGACGAGCUUUAUCAGGAGAGCUGAGUCCAAACGCGCAAUUCGUCAAAUGCAAUAUCUCGUCAUGGGAGGAACAGGUGGGGGUCUUCGAAGCGGCCAUUGCCCACUCUCCAAGCAAGAGCUGUGAUAUUGUGAUCGCAAAUGCGGGCAUUAGUCGCGCCAGCGGAGACGAUCUAUGGCCCCUGGAUGAUCCGAACAAGCCCCCCGUCAAACCUGAGCUACGCAUUAUGGAUGUGAAUAUGACGGGAACACUGUAUACCUGGAAGUUGGCGGUGCACUACUUUCGGAAACAGCCGGAUACCCCGGAUCGAGACCGAUGCUUUAUUAUCACAGGGAGCAUGGUGGCGUGGAUUGAUUCGCCUGCCAAUUGGCAAUAUACCUGCAGUAAAUACGGCCUCCGGGGCUUAAUGCGAGUUGCUCGACGGAACUCAUGGGAACAAGGAAUUCGAAUCAACUACGUGGCCCCAUGUUAUAUCAAAAGCGCAAUACGGUCCCCCGAGUACGAAGCAGAGUUAACGAAAAAGGGGGUGGAGUUUACACCACAAGAAGAUGUGGCAGAAUGCAUGAUGAAGCUAGCCACAGAUCGGACAAUAAGCGGACACUCCUUGAUGGUGACGCCCAAGUCUGUGGCGAAUGAGGGCUACAAGGAUGUUGAAAAAGACGAUCACAUCGACGAGGGCUACUUCAAACGCACACAAGAUGUGCAGCUGAAGAUCAUUGAGGAUAGAUGGGUAGAAGGAUGGAGCAAGAGCCGAACUCCCGAGGGAGCGACUAGGGUUAAUGGUGCUCAUUAA